ACAUAACAACAGUUGCUAUAUGAAGAUAGUUUUAUCCAGAACGUUCGAACCAAAGUAUUUUGAGGAUAUAACGUUUUUUCCUCCCAUUUAUUAAAAAAAGAUGACCAAAAAUAAAAUGAGCUUAAAAAUAAUAAUGAAUGACAUAUAUUUAUAAUUAAUUACGUGAUUUCUUUGAUAGCCGCAAGUAGUGGCUCUGCCUUUUUUAUCCCUUCAUGCAAAAGCCUGAAUAAUAGUCUAGUAUAACAUGUGCUAAAAAAGAAGGCCGAGACUUCCGGGUUCUCCAUAGCUACCACUGUACACAAACACGCUAGUGCAAGUAUAUGCACACACAAUCGGCAAGGCAAAACCAGGCCCAUAUUAUCAGCUGUACUGACGGUCAGAUCACAAGUCAACAGCAGUAAGCAAGUCAGCAACAUAUUGAAUUUUCGUUCAUUUUAUUAAAGAAACCAACAAAAUGUCUAGAAGCGCAGGAACUCUUCAAACUACUCAUCAGGCAACAUAUAUCCCUCCCCGAUUGAUGCCAGGAUACAAAGGACAUUGCCCUACUAUGAAGUUUGAUUAUGGGGAGACGUACGGAAAUGCCACUGCUAAAUGCCUGCAAGAUUAUCGCUCCACAACCCUGAACGAUAGCAAGACCAACUACGCCAACGGAGGCCAGUUCCCGACGGUCUACACUCAUAACCCAGACCAAGUGAUUGGAGCUAGGGACAGGACCAGGGAGAGGUGGAGGACAGAACCAAAUUAUUCUCUUAGCAAUGUAAAUCAUGACAGGAAAGAAGAAAUCAACAAAUUUGAUAAGCUUGCUCAGGUACAGAGGGAACACUACAAGGACAGAACGGGUACCGUCGGCCGUGUUAACGAGUUCUUGAUUCCGCGGUCAGCACAGGAGAUGUACCAUCAGGACAGCGCAUUAAUCGAUGACCACGUGGAUAUGCGAGAGGAGGCCUCGACGAGCACGGCGAGGAAUGUACCAGUCCAUCGGAUGGCCAUCCCGCCCAUCCAGACAUUCAGCAAAUCAUCAACAGUCCGUGAUCGAGAAAUGCGUGAUGUGUUCUUCGAACACCGCUAAAAGAUGCUGGCCGUUAUGUAUUUAUAUACAUAUUUAUUUUUUUCAGAACCCAUAUAUACGCGCCAUUAUACAGGAGAAUAUCUAGCUGUCGUGGAAUUACGUGUGACAGAAAAGGAAAUGAUAAACAAAGUCACAUAGUAUUGCAUGGACCUGUUUGAAUUUUCAUGAAAAGUUUAUUGCCAGAAACAACUUAUGUUUUAUUGAAACCUUUUUUCGUUGUCUUAACAGGGUAGGAGGCGUUUGGAAUGCCUUCCAAAUUAAAUUUUGAGUGUAUAUAGGCAUAUAUCAAAAUGUAUAUUAAAACAAAAUGCUGUAAAAUCUUUGACAUUCUCAGUUGCUUAUCUCGGGUUAAACCAAGAUGGUAAGAAAAGAAAUGAAUGAAACGUCAUUAAUCCUUGGCCCUCUAUUGGUGACUGUCGGGUAUAUCGCGACGCGUCGCCAAUAGAGGGCCAAUGUGCCAAUCAAUAAUUAUUGAUCAAUGAUACUUUAGCUUUUUGUGUGAUCCACGUCACACACAAGUAGAGACACCCGUACACGCAUUCUUAGUCAAUAUGGGAAAUCGUUUUACAUUUCACCGCCAAAGUGGGGACGUGUGUUAUUGUGUUUAUUCGAAACUUUGAUCUAAUUUUCGGAUAUUUAUAAACACAAACGGGAUCAUAAUCCAUCAACCGAGAACGUUUGCUUUCUCUUACUCAUUCAUAGGCCUAUCAUUGUAUUGGUCCAUCGGUCUAAGUGGUCAAGGCAUUGGACAGUAUGCGAAUUCAGCACUGACUUUAUUAAACUUGUUUAAAAUGUGGCGCGGAACUUAAAUUCUCAAGUUUGGGAAAAUGAAACAACAAAAACAACAUGUUCAACUUAAGCCCACCCUAUAUAGGUCUUCACGUCAUUGUUUUCUGCAAUAAAUAGGUAUUUCAAAUCUGAAUUUAAUGGAUCAGAUAAGAUGAUGCGGUGAUUGUCACUCAUAAAGUAUGGAAACUGAGAAAUUAAUAGGGACUAUUUAAGAAUAAUACUAAUGUAAAAUCUUGCAAUAAAAUGUGCACAGUCCUCUAUCGUAGGAAUGAAGAUGAGCGCGUGGUUUGUGAGUGUGCUUGCAUGUGCUUUAUCAAUAUGGAGUUUUCGCACUACGACGCAGAACUCUUUUAAGAACCUAGAAAGUGUAUUGUCAAAUGCACUUCAUAACAAAGUGUAACCAAGAAGUCCUUGUCGAAAAUCGGUGAAUCAGCACAGCAGGGUCGUCCAGGACUCUCGACAAACGACAUAUUUGCAAAUUUUCGUCAGCUCCGAAACUUAAGACAAAGGUGCUGUUCAGGUUCAACAGUUAUUAUUUUCGACAAAGACCUCCCAGCUGUUCGUUGUCAUUUGAAGGAAAUUUUUCAAUACAUUUACUGUGUUCUUAAAUUCGUUCUGCGUAGCCGGUGAGAAAACUCGCCUUUUUUCACAAGUUUUAUAUUGAUGUAAUUGGUUAAUAUACUUGCAUGAAAAUCGGCACGGACACUGAGUUGACUGCCUUAUAGGAGAUUGAAUCCGAUACUGUAUAUUCUAACAAGCUACUAGUUGUUAAAAUUGAGUCUAGGCCCCGUAACACAUAGGUUAGCGAUUAAUCGCUAAAUGAAAUGGCCUAUCAAGAUCAUCGUUGCAUGUGCAUUUUGCUCAGUAGACUGACGGGGAACCAAUCAGAAUUGUUCUUUCAAAUUAGCGAUUAGUAUAUACGGGGGCCCUGAUAAGGACACGCUCAUUCCUGACUAGAAAAUAGUACAACGACAAAUAGGGUCUACAUGACUAGAUCAUUCAGACAUUAUACAUAUACUAGUACCAAGCUGCCUACAACUAGUACUCUAAUUAUUUUUAACUAGUUUGUUUUUUUAUAUGAGCUUUUAUGCAUUUUAUCAUUUUGUUUUGUUUGAUACGAAAUUAAGAUCAUUUCUUUUCUCUACUUGCAUCAGUUUGAUUCGUGAGACUUUGCAUUGUCGAAUUAAUAUAAGUGGACCAUAAUUAUGACAACCAAUAUUCAUAAUAUUCAUUCGCCACAAACCCAAAAGUGGUAUUUCGUUUUACGUGCAAUAAAUAGAUUUUACCACCUAUAAGUUAUACCAAUUUAGCUUCUGUAUACAACCAUGCCAAUGUGAAUUUCAUCUAUUAUUCCGUCCAAUUAGGCCUAUAGUAAGAAGAUAUAAUAUGUGCAAAACGAACUUUGAUGUUUUUUUUUCAAAGUUUUUCAGAAACGUCAAUGUAUGCAAUUUUGUAUAAGAUCUUACUGUAAAUAAAGACUCCUUCAAAAUUAUUGUGAUACAGCAAA